AUAGGUUUCGCUCAUUUUGGGCAGGUCUAUGACCAACGUGCAAGAUAAGAUAAGAUAGUCAAAUAUAAAAAAAUGAAACACAUAUGCCUACAGAUUGAAAUGAUUAGUAAUUUGAAUGGCCAACCCAAAUUGCAACAAGAAAAAACAUUAGAUCUGAUAACAUCGCUAACUAAUGUUGAAGAAAAUCUAAUAUAUGAAUCCACCAAACUUGUUAUAGAAUUGAUUUUGAGUGAAAAUCUAAGUUUGAUUUUUUCUCGUCAAAUGUUUUCUGAAUUAAUUAAGGUAUUUCAAAAGCUACCACCUUAUAUUUCAAAACAAUUGUAUAUGCUUUCACUGGAAUACAUUCAAACAAGGCUUAUAUCCUUUGAAGAACAUGCCAUAGACAUCAGGAUGAAUCUCAGUGAGAUUUACGAUAAGGAAGAAGACUGGAAAGAAGCUGCUGAUGUGUUAUCUGCUAUUCCUAUAGAAACUGGCCAAAAGCAAUAUCCGAAAGAUUUCAAAUUGAAAAUUUACGUUAAGAUUGCUGAUUUGUACCUGAAUGCUGGGGAUGAUGCUCAAGCUGAAGCUUUUAUUAAUCGAGCUUCACUUUUGCAAACAGAUGUCAAUGAUGAGCAGUUGCAAAUCAAGUAUAAACUAACAUACGCUCGCGUGCUUGACAACAGGAGAAAAUUCAUCGAAAGUGCUCAAAAAUAUCUCGAAUUAUCUUACAAAUCUGCCCUUAAUGAAGCUGAACGCAACCAAGCACUAGAACAAGCACUUAAUUGUGCCAUUUUGGCCCCAGCUGGCCAACCGCGUUCCAGAUUUUUAGCACUGCUAUACAAAGACGAGAGAUGUCGAGCAUUGAGUUUUGACAUAUUAGAAAAAAUGUACCUUGAUAGGAUUAUACGGCGAGACCAAUUUAAAGAAUUUGAAAAGAGCCUGCCUCAUCAUCAAAAAGCUCAAAAUAUAGAUGGUACGACUAUAUUGGAAAAAGCGAUUAUGCAGCACAAUCUACUAUCUGCUAGUAAUAUUUACUUAAAUAUAUCAUUCGAACAACUCGCGCUAUUACUAGAAAUAUCAGAGGAUAAAGCCGAAAGUAUAGCCUCUCAAAUGAUUAGUGAAGGAAGACUCGAAGGCAAAAUCGACCAAAUCGAAAAAUUUAUAUACUUCAAAGGGAAUCGAGAUAACGCCGAUAUGCCAUCUCAAGAAUUGUGUAUACAACUCAAUUCAUUAUUCGACAAAAUUGAACUUCUCUAUAAAAAGGAUAUAUCAACGCUAUAAUUUAUUUUUUUUU